AUGGCUCAAGGACAGGUAUCAUCCAAAAGGCAUUCGCUUCUUAAUGGCGUAGUGGAUGUCAUAACUGGAAAUAGUAAAAACGCGUCUGGAGCGACUAAAGUAGAGAAUGGCCUAUCCAGUGACAUUAAUAGUGUAAAAAGAAACAGUACAGCCACUCUCAUACCGUCGCCGUUAUUGUAUUCCCCAGAUCAAACAUCAGGAUCUCCUACAACACUUUGGUCUGAAAGUGAGGAGCCUGUCAAGGCAGUAGACCAGAAAAAACACGAUCACAUUGCCACUCCGUCUGGUACCGAACAGCAAUCUGAGAAUAAAGAAAAUCAACAGGUUGGUGAAUGCGAUCCAAAUAUCAAGACCACAUCUUCCAAAACGCCUGUUCAAACUGUUCGAAUCGUAAGUGGUAGCACUCUCGACACUCCUAUAAUCAUAGAUGACGACAAGUUUUCUCCCCAAAAUUCCCCCAGCCGCAACGACUCAGCAAUGUAUUCUUCAAAUAAUGCCAGUGGUCCGUUAAGCGAAGCGGAAAUCCCUCCUGGCGAUUACGGACGAAUGCCUCAACUGAAUGGAUCCACCAAACAUCCCUCUUCACCAGGUCGAACCAAAAACAAUGAUGGCACUCAAAUCCCUCCCUCCAGUCCUAGAAUUAUCCGCAGUAAUGGCCAUAAGAACCUCAAUUGGUCAUCAGCAACCGCUCAAGCAGUAGGCCACCAUUCUAUUGACGCGGUUUUCGAUAAUAACAAAAAUCAACAGCAUUCACAUAACUCGCCUCAAUCACCCAGUCUAGCAACAGCUGCAGCAGUCGCAUCUCUCGAAGAACAAAAAGCUCGCAAGUUACGAGACGAGAUAGCUCAAGGAAGUGUAGAGCUACAGCAGCUUCAAACAUUACUCGCGCAACUCCCUCGUCUAAAACGAACUCCAACAAGAGCCACUCCAGAGGGCUCGCUGUUCCCCUCGAGUUCCCACUCAUCACAUCAUGGCAAUAAUAAUAGCAACACGGCAAUAAACAACGCAUCGGGAAUGCUAGGUCGAAGCCACAGCGUGCUUGGUACAUCACAAGUCAUCACUGACCUACAGUCGAAAAUAGAUAUUCUCAAAUGUCAGCUGUCUGAACGUGAACAGAUAGCUAAAGACGAGCAUGAUAGCAGAGAAGCACUGAAAAAACGCUGUGAACUUAUAGAAAGUACACUAGAUUCACUUCGCCAUCAAAACGGAAACCUGACACAAUUAUUAACUCGCCGCGAAAGACGAAUCUCGGAAUUAGAACAUGAGGUGGAAUGCAGGGUGAGAGACAUUGCCGUUCUCCGCCAGUCGGAAUCGCAUUCUCUUUCUCUCCAUGUAGACUACCAACAGCGAAUACUACAGUUACAAGAAGAGCGCGACAGACUCGAGGCUGGAUAUAACACAGUUCUUGAGAGUUCGAAACGUAUGAAAUCCAAAUACCAAGACGAUAUAUCAGACAUAACGGCCAAAAUACUACUCCUUCAAAAGCAACGCCAGAGCGAUGUCAACAAAAUCAACUCACUCGAACUGAGAUUACAAGACCAAUCCAUCGACCAUAUGCGACUACUACAACUACAGAGCGAAAUGGCCCAUCUACGGCAGCAGCAUGUGGGUAACAUCGACAAACUGUUCCUCGACAUGAAACGAACCAUGUCGGUCUCGGACCACUCUAUCACCACCCAGGUCGACUCAAUCCAGGCUGUCAUUGACCUCAUCGACACCACCAGCGACAGCAGUGCCGCAACCGCCAAAUCGUCAUCCACAACGACGACCACAACAACAUCCUCCUCAUCCACAAAUGUUGACUAUAAUGAACAAGUAAUGCCUCUAUCUGUAAGCUGA